CAAGGUGAGCUAAUCAUGACUGGCAAAACACAGACCAGCAAUGUCACCAAUAAGAAUGACCCCAAGUCUAUCAACUCUCGUGUUUUCAUCGGCAAUCUAAAUACAGCUAUUGUUAAGAAAGUUGACAUUGAAGCCAUUUUUUCAAAGUAUGGAAAAAUAGUUGGAUGCUCCGUCCACAAAGGUUAUGCAUUUGUACAGUAUAUGAGUGAGCGACAUGCAAGAGCUGCCGUGGCUGGAGAAAAUGCCAGGAUCAUUGCAGGCCAACCACUUGAUAUCAACAUGGCAGGUGAGCCCAAACCAUAUAGACCAAAACCUGGAAACAAGAGGCCCCUUUCUGCGCUUUACAGACUUGAAUCAAAGGAGCCUUUCCUGUCUGUUGGUGGGUAUGUCUUUGACUAUGAUUACUACAGAGAUGAUUUCUACAAUCGGUUGUUUGAUUACCACGGGCGUGUGCCUCCCCCUCCUCGUGCAGUCAUCCCCCUGAAGCGCCCCAGAGUGGCUGUCACCUCAACUCGCAGGGGAAAAGGAGUCUUUUCCAUGAAAGGAGGAUCAAGAUCUACUGUUAGUGGGUCUUCAUCAGGCUCUAAGUUGAAAUCAGACGAGUUACAGACAAUCAAGAAAGAAUUAACCCAGAUCAAAACUAAAAUUGACUCCUUGCUAGGGCGCCUGGAGAAGAUUGAAAAACAGCAGAAGGCAGAAGCAGAAGCUCAGAAGAAGCAAUUGGAAGAGAGUAUAGAGCUGAUCCAAGACGAAUGUGUGUCAGAGAAUGCAGAUCACUCUACAGAGGAGCCUGCUGAAGGAGGGCCAGAAGCGGAUGGAGAAGAGAUGACUGAUGGGAUAGAGGAGGACUUCGAUGAAGAUGGGGGUCAUGAGCUGGUAGGAACUAAAUAUUUGGUGUCCACACCCAUUGAGUAA